GUGGGGCCUGACGGAUCCAGCCCCUCUGCUGUCUCUGGAGCUUCCAGUCUGGCCUGGCUCCCCAUUUGGGAGAAGAAAAGCAUCUUCGGGGGCCUUAGAGAGGAAGCUCCUUCCAGUUCGGAGAGGGGGAGAGCGCUCAUCCCACUGCCUGGGCCUGCCUGGGUGCAGCUGAGGAAAAUGAAGCUACAUACUGUCUACCAACAGCUGAAGCCACGCCCUGAGGAGCAGCUUCCCUCACCAGCUGUGUCCUGGAAGCCAGGAGAUAAGAAAGUCCGAUGGGUCCUGCUGAUCAUGACACUGACAACGAUGGGCCUGGGUGCCCUGCUUACCCAGCUGCUUCUGUGGCCCAGGCUCAGGGCCCCCCAGGAAAGGACCCAGCCACCCCCCAACUCUGUCUGUGAAGACCCCUGUCAGGUGGUCCUGGUAGAGAGCAUUCCUGAAGGCCUCACCUUCCCCAAGGGGCCUGUCCACCCUUCCAUCAGCCAGGCCUGGCUAGACCUGGUGGCUGGUGCCCAGCACAGCCUCGACAUUGCCUCCUUCUAUUGGACUCUCACCAACAAUGACACCCAGACCCAUGAGCCUUCUGCUUAUCAGGGUGAGCAGAUUCUCCAGCAGUUGAAGAGCCUGGCCCCAAAGGGGGUAUCGGUGCGUGUGGCUGUCAGCAAACCCAGGGGCCCCCAACCCCAGGCUGACCUGCAGGCUCUCCUAAAGAGUGGGGCCCAGGUGCGGAUGGUAGACAUGCAGAAACUGACCCAUGGCGUCCUGCACACUAAAUUCUGGGUGGUGGAUCAAACCCACAUCUACAUUGGCAGUGCCAACAUGGACUGGCGCUCUCUGACCCAGGUGAAGGAGCUGGGCGUGGUGGUCUAUAACUGCAGCUGCCUGGCCCAGGACCUGGCCAAAGUGUUCGAGGCCUACUGGUAUCUGGGCCAGCCGGACAGCAGCAUCCCCUCCCCCUGGCCGGACAAUUACACCACCCACUACAACCUGGAGACCCCCAUGCAGCUGCAUCUCAACGGGACCCCUGCCCAGGCCUUCCUCUCGAGUGCUCCCCCGACACUGUGCCCUGGGGGCCGCACCCCAGACCUGCGUGCCCUGCUCAGCCUGGUGAACGACGCUCGGGACUUUGUCUAUGUCGCCGUCAUGAACUACCUCCCCAUCAUGGAAUACUCCCACCCUCGAAGGUUCUGGCCUGCCAUCGAUGACGCCCUGAGACGAGCCGCCUUUGAGCGGGGUGUUCGGGUGAGACUUCUGGUGAGCUGUUGGAGCCACUCGGAGCCUGCCCUGCGCCCCUUCCUCCUCUCCCUGGCUGCCCUCCAGGACAACCAUACCCACUACGACGUGCAAGUGCGGCUCUUCGUGGUCCCGUCCACUGAGGCCCAGGCCCGCAUCCCUUACGCCCGCGUCAACCACAACAAGUACAUGGUGACUGACAGAGCGGCCUAUGUGGGCACGUCCAACUGGUCGGGCAACUACUUCACACAGACCGCGGGCUCGGCCCUGGUGGUGAAUCAGAGCGAGGCCCUGGGCUUCCGCACACAGCUCGAAGCUGUUUUCCUUCGGGACUGGGACUCCCCCUACAGCCACGAGCUGGACAGUCCAGGCCUCUCGGAGGGUCAUUCCUGCCGCCUGCUGUGAGGGUCGGGCCCAGCCUCCUCUGCCGGCCAACACGCCGUCCCUGGGUUUGUUUCGCUCGGGCCCACGACACCCCACCCCACCCCAGGGCUCCCCGUGACCCAGUAGCCCCACUUUGUCGCCGUGUCUUUUCUGGCUUGGUGUCUCGUCUUCCUCCCUCCGCCCUCCCACCUAAGUAUCUGCCUGUCUCUGAACGCUCCUCUCCAACCCCGGCCGUCUCUCCCUCUCUGUCGCCCUCUCUGUCAGUCUUUGUGGCUUCUUGACUGCCCCUGCUUUGUGUGUCUCUCUGGUUUCCAUUUUCUCUGGUGUCUCCCAUCUCUGUCUCUGCCUCAGAAACGUAGCCAGGCUGUUUGCCCGGAUGUUCCCACCAAGAAAGGGCAUAAACCAGGGCAGAGCUGGGGUGGCAGAACCUGACCGGGUCCGGCCAGAGGCUUCCCCUCUCCUCCAGGCUGUGGAAUCCAGGGGAAGAGCCAGGCCCAGGCCGGUGGGUCCUCUCUGGGAUGGAGUUAUCUCCCCUGGGAAGGGGAGAAAUAGGGCCUCUGAAAGGGAAAACAAGGCCUUCCAGGCACUGCCCCCUCCCUGCCGUGCCCACCACUCCAGCUGGACCCACAGCCAGGGCUUUCCAACAAUAAAGUGUCUGUGAGGCAA